AUGUCGAUGCGAGAUCGCGCGAUCUGUCGCCAAGUUCUUCGAGCUCUGCACAGGCACUUGCAGUCCCAGCGUCGACGUUCGAGUGCCCCAAGCCUGGCACUGAAGUUCCGCGUCUUCGAAGCUCUCAAGCUCCAGGCCAGUCUUACCCGCAAGAGACUCGCGUUCCAACGCUUGAAGGUUGGACUUCGCGCACGUCCACAGCAACAACCGACGACGCCUAGCCCCGCUCUCGUGGCCAAGACCCGCACACCGACUCAGUCUUACACGAUGUCGAUGCUUGCGAACCACUCGGACUUGCUGCUGCUGCUCAUGGCGCUGGUCUUCCUCGCCUUCCUGCCAGCCAAAUACAUCAUGUAA